UUGUGUGGUAUUUACUGUCUUUCCAAACGCUCAGGGUCACGUUACUGUUGCAAGCCAGUCACACUCAGCAGCACAAGUGUCACAACCAUGUAAGAGUUCCCUUUCAUCAACAGACCUGCUGCUUAUACCAGACAAUCAAAGGAAGCACCGACGAACCAGCAAAAUUUUUGUGAACAAAUCACACACGGUGAGCAGAAUGCGGCAUCAAAACGCAGCUUGGCAACGAUGGUGCAUCAUCAUGACGACACUCAUCACUUUCAGCACGAUUUCAGAAUCGUUCAAAACGACGUGCGACUUCGAGUCUGGAUUUUGUGGCUGGAAAAACUUACCCCGCAAUGACCUGGACUGGAGACUGAAGAGCGGCUCAACGCUGUCUGCUGAAACGGGUCCUACUACGGAUCACACAAAAGGAACAUCUCUAGGUCAUUACGUGUACAUUGAGACGUCAGGAGCAAGCAAUGCACAAGGUGUACUUGCAAGCUCUGUUGUGACCAACUCAAAUGAAACGACCUGUAAAUUGUCAAUGGCUUAUCACAUGUACGGCUCACAAAUUGGUACAUUGGAAGUGAUUGCUCACACUACGUACGGAAAUUUUUCAGUAUGGAGUCGUUUUGGCAACCAGGGGAAUUUGUGGAUAACCACUACUGUUGACUUUGGAAUCAUAAAUGACUCGUUUGAAAUUUAUGUGAGGGCUUCACAUUCAUCUGGCAUUAGAGGAGACAUUGCUUUGGAUGAUCUUUCACUGACUAAUUGUUCUCCAGUGAAAGCUCAACUAUUUCCUAGCACGACAUGCUCCUUUGAAACCAAUCGUUGUGUGUGGUCUAAUGAUGUCACUAAUGACGUUGAUUGGGUUAUGUGGCAAGGAAGAACUUCUUCAUUGCAAACUGGGCCUGCUGAUGAUCACACAUACCAAAAUGGCAGUGGUAAGUACAUCUACUUUGAAGUCACAGCUGCAGGCUAUUCUAGUCAUGCCGCUCUUGUCAGUCCGGAGUAUCUCAAGAGUGGCAAUGCAUGUCGCAUGCAGUUUGCAUAUCAUUUCUAUGGCAGAAAUAUUGGAGACAUGGACGUCUACUUUGUGACUAAUAGAGAUGGAAGAAUUCACAAUUUGUGGUCUACAAGGGGAAAUCAAGGAAACGUUUGGCAUAUGCGAUCAGUGUUUAUUGGACCACAGACGGACUUCAACAUCUAUUUUAAUGGCACUCAUUAUAGAGGUAUCCAGGGUGAUAUGGCAUUGGACGAUAUCUCAUUUUUUGACUGUGAUCCGAAUUUUAAACAAAGACCAUGCACCAAGAAUGAGUUCACUUGUUUACAGAGCAAGCUGUGCGUGGAAACAGAUUCACUGUGUGACUUACACAAUGAUUGCUAUGACAACAGCGAUGAAACACAUUCUUCUUGCAAGUCGGCAUUUCGAUGUGAUUUUGAGCAAAGUAUGUGUGGAUUUACAAACGAUGAGAAUAACGACGACUUUGACUGGACGUUGGCUCGAGGCUCAACGUUAAGUUUACAAACAGGACCAGGAGCUGAUCAUACGAUAGGGGACUCAAAUGGUCGUUAUAUCUACAUUGAGGCUUCACACUCUCGUGCGACUGGUGACACUGCUAUUCUGUGGAGUCCGCUUUUUAAUUCUUCAACAGCAGCGAACUGUUCUGUCAGGUUCUUUGCUUUUAUGUACGGUCAACGUAUAGGGAGUCUGGUUGUGUCUCAAGUUAUUGGAACAUUGUGGACUCAACUCAUGAAUAUUAGUGGAGAACAGGGACAAGACUGGAAGAAAUUUAGCUUGAUUGUUCCUUUAUCGGGAGGAAAGAAAUUUAAGCUUGCCUUUGAGGGAGUUCGUGGGAAUGCCUAUGCUGGUGAUAUUGCAAUAGACGACUUGACGUUCAGCACAUCUUGUCCAAAACCAGAACUUUCUAUUGACGCAAUGACAACAUCUACUCCAACUGCAGCCAAGAGAUUCGUAGACCCUUGUUUUACAUCAGCUUCGUCUAUUGCAGACGUAAGUGUGAGGCUUGUUGAUGGGGACACUCCAAAUGAAGGUCGAGUGGAAAUAUAUCACAAUGGGCGAUGGGGAACAGUAUGCGAUGACAAUUGGACUUCAACUAACGGACGAGUGGUUUGUAAGCAGCUAGGAUACCGAUACUACCGCAGUAGACUAUAUAAUAGGCCAGGUAGUGGGAGUAUAUGGAUGGACGAUGUCAGAUGCAGUGCAAGCGACUUAAGAUUGCAGCAUUGCUCAUUUCGUGGUUGGGGAAGUCACGAUUGUGAUCAUAGCGAGGAUGUAGGCGUAAUAUGUGGAACUGCAAUCGACGGUGACGUUCGACUUGUUAAUGGAUAUACUGCAAAUGCAGGAAGGGUUGAAAUUUAUCACAAUGGGGAGUGGGGAGACGUGUGCGCUGACGGUUGGGAUUUGAUUGCUGCGAAUGUGGUGUGUAGACAACUCGGUUACUCACGCGCUCGUAGUGCCACUACUGGCUCAUAUUUUGGGCAAGGCUGCGGAAGAAUAUGGAUUAGCGAUAUUAAUUGCUAUAUUUGGAUGUAUUCACGAUUAGCUGACUGCCAUUUCUCAGGCUGGGGCGUACGCAGCUGUAAUCAUUCUGGAUAUGCGGGUGUGAUCUGCGAAACACCUGUACUAACCACUGACUGGUGGUGGUCUAAUGCAACAACAGCUUCCCCAACCACACAUGACUGGUGGUGGUGGCAUACAACAACAGCUUACCCACAUGACUGGUGGUGGUAUACAUCAUCACGGUCUAGAAAAGAUGAUAAAUCAGCGACUUCAAUAAUUGUUGGAGUUACAGUUUCUGUAAUAUCGGCUCUAUUGGUAUUUGUUAUCGUUAUAUUUGUCAUAAUUCGGGUAAAACGCAGACAGGCGAUCACUACAACAACAACGACAACUAGUGCUCAAGUAUCGGUUGGCCAACCGGCACAGGCACAGUCGGUAAUUUUCGUACCAUCUGCGUAUCUGAAUGUGACAUAUCCCAGUCUUCACUUCAAUUCUAAUGAAUUGGGAGCUCUGCCUUCCUACGAGACGGUGAUUGGUUAUCGAAGCGAUAGCCAAACAGUGAACUUUGGUGGGAUGAAUCAGCAGUACGUCGCCUGACCCCUAAUGCAUUGAAUGGCAAUGUCUCUCAAAUGUGACAAAGCUGCCGUUUAUAUAUCUCGUCUCGUAGCUUGACGCUGUAAUGUUUGCAUUUGAAUUUUAACGAAACUAAUAGUGAAUGGUUGAUUUUACUGAUUAGAAUAGUUUAAAAUGACAUUCUUUAGAAUUUGUUGAUGAGAUUGAAUUAUUGCUGGUAAAUUAAUUAAUGGUAUGUCUAGCUUGUAUUGCUAUAAUGUGAAAGUAUUUUAGGUCUGCACCGCCAAGGCGAAUAUGUCUCUUUCUUCGCUGC